AUGGAAAUUGUUCACGGAUGUAUGGACUUAGACCUUGCGCUCAGGACAGAGCGUCCCACUGCUACUACGGAAAAUCUGAACAUGGAUAAAAUUGAGAAGUGGGACUACUCUAACCGCAUGAGUCUAAUGAUCAUGAAACGCUCCAUUCCGGAGGCGUUUCGGGGCUCUAUUUCUGAAAGCACUAAUGCCAAGAAGUUUCUCAAAGAACUUGAGCAAUAUUUUGCCAAGAAUGAAAAGUCAGAAACGAGUAACCUUCUGAAUAAACUCAUUUCCAUGAGGUUUAAGGCAAAGGGGAACAUACGGGAGUACAUUAUGGAAAUGUCUAACAUUGCUGGGAAACUAAAGGCACUAAAGUUAGAGCUGUCUGAGGAUUUGCUCGUGCAUUUAGUUCUCAUAUCUCUUCCUGCACAAUAUAGUCAAUUUAAGGUGGGCUAUAACAUCCAAAAGGAAAAAUAG